GGGCUGUCUGCCGACAAUGGAACCUCACUCCCGUUUGUCCCAGUUCAACGUCAGGCAGCCAAGGGCCGGGCCAGUUACCUCGAACCUCCGCUACAUGGAGUCGCAGCAAAAGCCCGUUGACCCUCUGGAGAACUUCAAGAAGCGUCCAGACGCACCGUCCCGGAGGUCGUCCUCAUCGUCCCUAUACGUCUCGAGGCCUAUCGCAACAAACUCUCGGGUAAAACAGGAUGAACAGUAUAGGCAGCGUGGUUACCUCGUGUUCGUGAACAACGCCCUACAGCAGAAGAAGAAUGGCACUAGUGAAUCAUUUGAUGAACUGGUCGACCAGUUCAACCCAAAGAAGAGUACGCGUUGCCACUCUGCCCUUGUGGAAGCAAUCGUAAAUAUGCCAUGGACGGUCAUGGACACUACGUUUGUGAAGUCGUACACCGCCUUCAUCGGCAUGCUUGUCAGUGCACGCCCCGAGUAUCUGUCCCUCGUGCUUGGAAAAACUGCGCACGGUUUCACCUACCCACAUUACUCUCUCAUCCCCACACUCCCGUCAACCUUCCCGCAUAAGCGGCAGAGCCAAGCUGCUCAGAUCACAUACAUCCGCAAUAUGCUCAAAGGUGUCUUGGGGACGAUAGUUGACCGGGCUAUACAAAUCGAUGAGUCUGACGAUGAAGACGACGAGGAUGGCGAUGGUGACAAUCUGAGCGACCUGUCAUCUGAUGCAGGGGGGAUUACACGCCGAACUCCUGCCCUUCACCUGUCAACGCCUGGCACACCAUCGUCUCGCUCCGACUCACCAUUGACUCCUCUGGAACCCUUCCGGCGAAUAUUGCGCCGUCAGCAGUUCCAUAUGCUCCUCUCUAUUUUCGAUCGCACCAUCCUUCGCACCUUCAAGUCUCGUUACACGCAGUUCCUGGUCUUUUGGUACUCUUCGCUCGAUCCCGAGUUCAGCGACCUUUUCCAAGGCAUGCUGGUCUCAAAAUCGCUUCUGGAAGAGGACCAGCCAGCAGUCACCCGCGCUGCAGCGGCAAGCUACAUCGCAAGCUUUGUCAGCCGCGCGCAGUUCGUUGACCGGGAAAGUGCUCGAAGGGUAGUCGCGUGCCUAUGCAACUUCUUGCGGAGUAGGCUCGACAUCUUCGACGCGGUCAAUACUGCAGGCGCAGCGCCACCGAGUAUGGCACAUCAUAGCAUAUUCUACGCUGUGGCACAGGCUGUAGAUCUCCUUGAGGAUCACGAAGACAUGGACGAAUUCACAUCGGCAGCGAGCGGACCCGCGAAGAAGUGGAUGGCGGAGCUGAGAAUCCUGCAGCGAGUCAUACAAUCAGAGCUGAACCCUCUCAAGUAUGUCUGUUCUUCAAACGUCGUGAUGCAGUUCGCUCGUGUCGCACACGCCACGGACUUCCUCUACUGCUACACCAUCAUGGAGUCGAAUCGUCGAUCUGAUUAUGCGCCUCAGCCUCCCACCCCAGGAGUUCACGGUGCACCGAGCUCCAAGCGCUCUACUAUGCAUCCAGCCAUGCUCGGCCACUCGAUGACGACGGAGCUCAACACAUUCUUCCCGUUCGACCCAUACAAGCUACCCCGGUCCAGAUCUUAUAUACAGGGUGUUUACCGGGAGUGGUCUGCCGUGGCUAUCGACGAUGGUGAAGAUGAAGACGACGAGGAUGGAGAUGACGAAGAGGAAGACGAACAUGCAGCCGAGGAUCGUAGAUUUGACGGGGUCUCCAUGGUAGGAGGGAAGGCUGCUGCUGGUGAGGUGGACGAAGCAGACGGUUUGGGAGAGUCAUUUGGGGGAAUGAGCAUCAGCCCGUAUAGACCAGGGAGUAUGGCCAUGAGCAUAUCGGUAUCGUAGACAGUCUCGGCCUGUGUCGCCUCUGCAUUGUCCUGUUGUCAUUGUCAGCAUUGCUUUCUGGAUCACACUAUUGCACCGGGUUAUAUGUAGGAGGAGAGCGAGUGGGACUCGGAUUCUGCAUUUCAUGAGGC